UUGUGCUACCUUAAAGAUCAGCAAGUUUAUAUUCUGUAAGCUUUCAUGGGCUGCAAUGCAUGAAAAUGUAUAUGUGGAAUGUUGUCUCAGCUAACUGAUGACUUUUUCAGAGUUCGAUUAUUUCCUUACUUGACUCCUCAAUGUUUUCAAUUCUUUCAAGGUUAUCGAUUGUCAGACCAAUUCUACGAUCUUCUUAUUCAGAAGUUUGACAGGCAAAGAAGAGGACAAGUGGCUUUUGAUGACUUUAUUCAAUGCUGUGUUGUCCUUCAGAAAUGGACAGAUAUCUUCAGACGAUAUGAUACUGAUCAGGAUGGCUGGAUACAAGUGUCUUAUGAACAGUUUCUUUCCAUGGUGUUCAGUGUUGUAUGACAAUGUAUUUUCACUGCAAUAUGGACUUCAGUUGCCAACUUUCAUAUCACAACAUGAUUCAGUUUUAAUUCCCAGCUAUUGUAUAGGAGAAUUUAACACAAUAUUAUCUUCUGUAAUAUUUUACUAAUGUGGCCAAUAGUAGUUGGUGCCAUACAUUUCAGCAGUACAUCAUGUACCUUACAUUGCUGGAAGUAUGUGAAAUUUAAACGCCAAAAACAGUAGAAGUAGUGCUUGUUACAACUUGAAAACUAUGCAUGUGCCUUUUUAUACAGAGAAUAUUAAAAGAAUCAUGCCCA